AUGAUGGCGCGGUUCCACGCCGCUGACGCCCUCCUCAAAGUCAACAAUGCAGUUGCUAUGGAGAAGGCGCUCGACCACUUCACCGAUAUGCUUCGCCUUUGCCGGAGCGACAACUUGGGUGCGCGGGACAUCGUCCCUGGCCUCUUGCUACCUCUUGGCCGAGAGCAGGAAUACUACGAUUUCCUCAAGUGGCGGGCGACCGUUGACGUUGACGGCAAUUACGACUGGGACGAUACGACGCUACCAUAUCUGGACACUCGCAAAGCCGAUGCGUUCGAGCCAGUGGACAUGAUGUUCAGAAGCUUGAGUCUCAGUCAUCUCGUCAUGCUCACACUCUUGAAGCUACGUCUCCGUCUCGAUUUGGAAGCAUAUUCGGAGUCACAAUUUGGGUUCGACUUCGAGAAGACGCUUGAGCCCGACACGGCCUGUAGGAAGACGAUUGCGAGGACAAUUACGUCCUUGGAGCGUCAGUACCGGACGCUCUGCCGAACCGUACACGAUACGAAUCCAUACUUCUGGGAUGCACUGGUCGAUGAAUGGGGAGAGGGCGCGGCCAUGCCUCCAUACUACACUCACGGUUCGAUGGAGGAGGCACAGCUGGCUGUAUAUCAGUGCAGGCCAGCUUGGCAGGAGAGCGAGGAUGCCCUCGUGCUGAUGACAGUGACCAUAGAGAAAAGGCGGGGUGUAAGAUCCGUAUUUCCAACGCAAUUCAUCCCUCCUGCACACAGCUCUUCUCAAGUCUUUCUCCCAGCUCGUGUCGGCGAAGUUGGAAGUGUCUGGUACGUGUCUGCCAACCAACCCGGGCAAGUACUUGUUUACGUGGACGGUGCUGGUAUGGGAAACGGGCAGGCAAACCCUCGUGCAGGCUGGGCGGUGGUGCAUGGGCCUGACGCUGUGAUCUGCGGUCGGCUCGAGGACAAAAGGUCGUUCGGGGCUGAUAGUGUUGCAACCAGCAACCGAGCGGAGCUUCGGGCUGCCAUCGCCGCGCUGCGCCUCUGUGACUGGCGAGCUAGGGGCUUUGACAGCAUCGUCAUUGCAACGGACUCGACCUAUGUCGUUGACGGAGCCACAGGCUGGACCAGGGGCUGGAUAUGCAACGGGUGGAAGACAGGCACUGGCAACAAUGUCAAGAACAAAGAUCUGUGGGAGCUAUUGUUGGGCGAGACGGAGAGAUUGGGGGAUCGCGGAUUGCGCGUUGCUCUCUGGAGAAUUCCAAGAGAGCAAAAUGCAGUUGCCGACACCUGGGCAAAGAAGGCGGCUGAAACGGGGAGGGCCGAACCCCUGUUCAGAGACGUCACACUCGAGGCUGCUUCCCGAACCACGCCUGCACCCACCAAUGCUGGGCUCGGUUCUAACACCCGUAUCCUUGCACUAUGCCUCGAGUAUGAGGGCCUGUUUGACGACUGUUAUGGGAGCCUCGUCUCACAGCUCAACUCCAAAGCCAAGAUGGAGCGAGCUACAACAACCGAGGCCGCCCUCCGCAAGCUCAGCGAAGAACCGCGCCGUCCCAAGGUCCUGGAGCGCGUCAUAGACCGUCUUCGUGAAGGAGUCACCGUCGUGGUGGCAGGAUGCUUCAGCAGCAUGGUCACUAUGGGCCAAUUCGAUCGCUUCUUCGCUCUCAAGUUGCGCCAACAAGCUGGCACCCGCGGUUUAUCCCGCCCGCUUCUACCCUCAUACAGCCAGAAGGCCCUCUUCGUGAAGAACGUCGACAAGUCGGCGGUGUGGUACAGCGAUAGUGAAACGCCGGAGGAGGUGGCCGUGGCAUUUACCAAAGUUGGCCGGGGCUGGCUCGGCUAUGUCGGGGAUGUGAACGGCGAAGGAGGCUCGAACGCGGCAGUUCUGGCCAUGUGUGGCCUUCUAGACUGAACCUUACCGGGUCUGGUGAGGGCUGAGAGGAGAGAGUAUCAUCGAGACUGUUAAGGGAGUUACUGUUGUCCGAUCUUUGUAUUGAUAUGCUAAAUUGAACGAGAUUCCUGCCUAUAUGCUUAGCACAUCUGAAUCCUCAGCGGCAGGAGCGAAUAGUACCUACUUAGAAACUGAUUGUCCUUAUA